GGGUGUGUGUGUGCGAGUGUGUGACUAUUCUUCCCCCGCUCGCGCCGCCGCCAACGCCGCGGCCGCCGGACUCCGCCGCCGCCACCGCUCCACCGCCCGUGUGCGCACCGCCCCUCUCGGGGGACCUCCUCCUCCCGACUGGUUUCGCUUCCUGAUCCAGAAUCCGGAACCGGAGAACCGAUUGGUCAUUGGUCGUCGACUGCACAGACGAUGGCGUCGCUGGCCUCCCUGUCCUCCCUGUCCCUCUCCGCCUCCGCCGCCGCGCAGGGCCGUGCGGGGUCCGUAUUGGGGACGUCGCGGUGGCGGCAGCGGCGGCGGCGGGUGAGUGUUGUGCGGGCGAAGGUGCGGGAGAUCUUCAUGCCGGCGCUGAGCUCGACGAUGACGGAAGGGAGGAUCGUCUCCUGGACGGCGGCGGAGGGGGACCGCGUCGCCAAGGGAGACCCCGUGGUGGUCGUGGAGUCCGACAAGGCCGACAUGGACGUGGAGACCUUCUACGACGGGAUCGUCGCCGUCGUCCUCGUCCCGGCCGGUGAGUCCGCCCCCGUCGGCGCCCCCAUCGCCCUCCUGGCGGAGUCCGAGGAGGAGGUCGCCGUCGCGCAGGCGCGUGCCCAGGCCCUCCCGAAAGCCCCGGGCCAGGAACCCCCUCCUCCCCCUCCCCACAAGGCUGCACCACCACCUCCCCCUCCGGCGCCGGCGAAGGGCAUCGCCACGCCUCACGCCAAGAAGCUAGCGAAGGAGCACAGGGUGGACAUCUCCAAGGUCGUCGGCACCGGGCCACACGGCCGCGUCACGGGACCCGACGUUGAGGCGGCCGCUGGUAUCAAGCCGAAGCCAAAAGGCCCAAAGGUCACUCCACCUCCACCUCCACAUCCACAUCCACCUCCACCUCCACCUCCACGGGCCGCUGCUCACCCGGCACCUCCGAUGCCGGCCGCACCCCGGCAUCCAGCAGUGCUACCACCGGUACCUGGCGCGACAGUGGAGCCGUUCACGGCGAUGCAAGCUGCGGUGAGCAGGAGCAUGGUUGAGAGCCUGUCAGUGCCAACGUUCAGAGUCGGGUACAGCAUCUGUACUGAUAAGCUCGAUGCGCUAUGCGAGAAGGUUAAAUCGAAAGGGGUUACAAAGACAUUGUUGCUGGUGAAAGCGGCGGCCAUGGCGCUCACUCAGCACCCGGUCGUGAAUGCCAGCUGCAGGGAUGGGAAGAGCUUCAGCUAUAACAGUAGUAUCAACAUUGCUGUGGCUGUUGCGAUUGAGGGUGGCCUUCUUACGCCUGUGUUGGAAGAUGUUGAUAAGUUGGAUGUAUACCUGCUUGCACAAAAGUGGAGAGGCCUGCUCAAGAAGGCACGCAUGAAGCAACUCCAACCAAAUGAAUACAGUUCAGGGACGUUUGCAUUGUCUAAUUUGGGUAUGUUUGGGGUGGAUAGAUUUGAUGCAAUCCUUCCACCUGGUCAGGGGGCUAUUAUGGCUGUUGGAGGGUCGAAACCUACUGUGGUGGCCAACAAAGAUGGUUUCUUUAGCAUCAAGAACGAAAUGCUAGUCAAUGUUACUGCUGACCACAGGAUCAUAUAUGGUGCUGAUUUGGCAGCAUUCCUGCAAACAUUUGCAAAGAUCGUUGAGGAUCCUGAGAGCCUAACAUUGUAGGGAAGAUGUCCCUUACAAAGUGCUCCCUAAGUACCGCAGUUUGUUCGAUUCAAAUUGGAAGAAUAAUUCCAAGAGUAUUUGUAAAGCCAUUAUUUGUAGAUAGUUUGUUAUUUUUAAUGAUAUUGCCAUGGGGUCAAUAUUUUUUACCCGACACAAUAAGUGAAAUGCUCGUUUUCAGUAUCAA